UAAAUCAUGGGUGGAAGGAAGUCCAGUGGGGCCCCACCACUUUCACUUAUUAACUAUCUGGAGAAAGGUUGAAAGUGAUGAGAUAGAGACGGUGUGUUGUUUUGAAAGUGAAAGGUCGGAAUGUGAAAUGGCUCUAUUUGCUGACACCAAUUUGGGCACUCGCAUUGUUGUCCUUGUUUCUCCCUACACUACACCAAACCACUUCAAGAGAGAAGUUGAAAGGGCUCACUUGAAUUGUUUCCCACAACUGGGGCAGAUCAAAGUCGAUGCUGUUAUGGUGGAAAGGAACUCAUGCUUUUACCACCUUCCUGAAACUUUGCCUCUAAAGCAUGUUCUAAAGGGAUUUAGGCCACUAGUACACGUCCGAGUUUGCCAAUAUAGCAUUUUAAAGGGAUUUAGCACUAUUUCUGGUCCCAUGAAACUUAAAACUUGUACAGCAGGCCCAAAAGUUGAAAAGUUAAAAUGCAGAAGAAAAUUGAAGAAGAUGAAAAGAUUUGCCUGCCUUAAAGGUGCAUUUUUAAGAAUUGUUCAUUUGAAGAAGAGGAAGAAGAAGAAAAGGAACAAAGGUAGGAAAGCGUACAAAUUUAAGUGCCUAGAAGGACCUGAUGAGCCUCUAGUUGUUUCCAUGGCAUAUGGAUGUGAAGGUAAGGAACAGAGUUCUGAUUUAUCCGAAGCAGUUUCAGUUUCGGGUAUUAUCAGGAAAUAUUUCUCAAGUCAUGAUGAGGUGAACUCUCAUGCGUUGCUGUCUCCUUUUCCAGCUGAAACACCUUCUGAUCAAAGUGCUAAUAGAGCCUCAAUAACUAAUUCUAAGUCUAAACGGAUUGAAAUUGGAAGUCGUAUUGUUUCCGCCUCAAAAAGUCUCUCUAGUCUUCCCAGUAGAAGACUGCUGCCCAGUCCUGCUCCUCUUAUUCCAAGUCUAGUAUUUGAGAUUUCUGAUGAGGAUUAGUGAAAAUGGAACUCAUGCUAUAAACUUUACAUGCCAUUUCUGAUCUAUGAACUUCAUCUUUGUACUGAACUUAUGCUUCACUGCUGGUUCCAUUUCUGGUUUAGUUCUACUGGAGAAUAUGUUCAGUCGUAGAUUUGAAAGGUUGGUGUAAAGAUUUCUAACUGUUGCGGCUCAGAUGUGAAGAAUCAUUUCCCUUUUUAGCCUCAUGCUGUAUAUAUGUAAAGGAUUAAUCACUGUUUCUACAAGGUUGAUGGCAUUCCCUAGGCAUUUAUGGUUCAUUUGAUUUUGUCCCAUGCCGUUCUUGUGCAGCAAGGGACCAUCUAUCCUUCCCUGUAAUUUUGCAUUCUCUGGCUGGUUAUUCUCCAUGCAGGAACUAUUUAUGUUGUACUUUUUAGGAUCAUUUGUCUGAAAAAACAUGAUCAAACUACAUUUGAAAAAUUAGAUGAGAGAUUUGAGAGCUUCUACAGUAAAUUUUCUACAUAGACUAGUCAUGUAGCUGAUUCUGUUCCUCAUGAGAAGAUCUUCUGAAUGGGCUGACCGUCUUUAAUCUUGGAAAGUUUCUCUUCUCGUUUUUUUCAUUCUUUUCUUAUGAGGUCGUGUACAAUAACCUUAACCCCACAAGCCUGGGCUGGGCCUACCUCCUUUUUGAAACGGCAGUCAGAAUGAUGAUUUGUAGACUUGGUUUGCCUUUGCAGCUAGUCAAACAAUGGAAUUCCAAACAGUUUGAAGAGUCUUUAGUUCCUUUUGCUUUGGACAUAAAACUAUCUCGUUUGGUGAGGGAUAAAAAAAUAGUUUAGGAUAAAAUUUUGAUGUUUUGUUUGGUUGUCAAGUUUGGGAUAACUUAUCCCACCAUUUAUACUAUAAGUUAUCCCAUAUUUUAGGAUAAUUAAUUAUGGGAUAACUUGUUCCCUACUAAAUGUAAGAGUUAAGUUGCCUAACAUAAAGUCU